GCAUGAGCUACCACACUCGGCCCAAAUACUUUUUUCUUUCAUUAAAAAUGAGAGUGUGGCUGAGAUGAUUUGUAAUGUCAUUCUCAGCUUUACAUGUUGCAUUCCACAGAUGUAGAGAUGAUAGGGUAAAGUAAUAAGAGCAUCCCUUUUCUUGACUUUUCUAAUACCACUGCUGCCAAUGGGAAUAAUUGUGAACCUCAUUUAAAGUUUUUUAAAAGGCAUGUGUCAAGAUUUGAGAGUCAGUAGGAAAGGACAAAUGGGUAGCUUUUAAGAGACACAACAAAGUGACAUCUAUUUUUGUGACUUCAUUGCAAUACAAGGCUUGGACCUUACAAAAGCAAAAGCAAAGCAAAAACAAGAAAUUGCCUGUUUUUGAGUGCGUGCUGUAUGCUGUAUGGCGACAUAAGCACUUCUUUUAGUUGCAUCAACCACCCUAGUAUGAGGUGUUCAAACUCACAAUGGGAAGGCAAGGACACUGAGGCAGAAUGAGCAUAAGCCACAGACCUCUCAGUAAGUGAAGGAGCUGGGACUCAGAGAAUAAUAAUGACUACUAGCACUCCUUGAGCUCCUACUCUGUGACAGAUACUGUUCUAAGUACUUGAAUUGAAUUGACUCGUUUAACCCACACAAGAACUGAGCGAAGUACUAUUGUUAUUCAUCAAUAAUAAUGAGGCAGCAGAGGUACUACGAAGUUAAAGACUUGCCCAAGGCCCACAUCUAGUAAGUGGCAGUUCUGGGCUAGGGGCCCAGCUGCUCUCACUCCUCAGCCCCACCGUGCAAAUCACUGUGCUACACCAUCUCUGCCAGCCCAGGAGACUGCAAGCCAGUGCCUGGUGCUGCCUCCCUUAUAGGAAGGAAAUUUGAUCUAAAUCCUUUUCUAGACAUCCAGGCUCAGAGUCAGGGAUGCUGAAUCAUGCUGACUCUCAAGAGACUGAUAUAUAAACCAGAGUAUCAGUUUAAUAAUUCCAGGGGUGGACUGGUAUUUGCAUCAGUCUGGUCCGCAUUUUGUCUCCCAGCAGCUACGUGGGAACCUGCACCACCAGAGGUUGCUUGGUGAGCACAGACACAGAAUAGAGGGAGUGAGCUCUAUCACUGAACUGUUUAAUGACCUCAGAACCCUAUGUCCUGGUAUGUUUGUCUCCACAGUUGUGCUACAUUUUUUCUUCUGUUCCUGAGAGCAAGUGUUUAUUGGCCUGAGACAGUGGGUCAGACCCUGGGCAGUGUCUCCAUGGCUGACUAGUUUCUUCAGACUGGCCCAUUCUUUCUUUAGAUUUAUGUAUGAUUCAGUCAAGCUCCUGUUGAUCUUGUUGCCCUGGAAAUCAUGGCUUCUCUUUGAGAUGACUUUUCCUAGCCUUACUCUCUGAUUCACCAUUCAAUCAUUCAGAAAUAUUUAUGAGCACUUAAUGUGUACAAUAAGUGGAGGCUACAGUAGAAAGACAUUUUAGUGGAAGAGAUACAGAUAAUUAACAUGUAAACUAAUGAAAAAAUUAGAUUAUUUGAGAUAGUGAUCCAUGCUGUGAAAAAUUCCCAGCAGGGUAAUGAAAUUGAGUGUUAGGAUGCAAGGGGGUGUUGAGCUGUAGACAGAGUGGAAAGGGAAUGAGUCUCUGAGGAAGUAGAAUCUGAACUGAACCUGUGUGCAAAGGAAGAGCCAGUCACAUGAAAAUAAUUUUCUUUUCACCUGAAGAGUUCAGUUCUCAGAGGAAGCACUUCAUGCCUAUCAUAUGAAGUGGAAGUUCACUGCCUUUCUCUAGAGACACAGCGUGGCAUAAAUCAGGUGAGCAUGGUUGUAGUAGUGUUGCUGGUAUUGAGUAUUAAGUGCAUGGUGAUGAAAUGGCAAUGUGGCCAUGCUUUCCAAACUAAAACUCCAAACACCUAGUCCAGCAUGAAGCAUGAAGACUGGAACCAUUUGAAGUCAGAGCUAUCUUGGAUUUUCCAAGGCAUGUGAUCACCAUAAUUAAUAGGCUACAGCGGGUUCGCCAGGGCACCUGACCCCACACUGUUGAUGUGGAAACUGUGUUUCUAGAUUCUGAAAAGGCAAAUAAAUAACAGGUGAACUUUUGGAAUAAAACCACUUGUCACUUGGGUGGGUCUUUUUUCCCAACUAGUUUACAUGUUCUUCCCUCAGAAAAAAAAAUGUGAGUUUUAUACAUUUUUUAAUCCCUCAAGACAUUUAGCGGAGUGAUGGGCACCCAGAAGACACAACGUAGGCCGACGGAUUUGCCUUAAUUCCGAGUCCGCACUUGGCUUUGAGGGAUAUAGAGCCCUCUUGCUACCCCAUUCUGGCGUGGAGCGCCAAGCUGCUGCUCACCCUCCUGCCGCACGGGGGCGCAAGGGGAAUCCGCGCGGUGAGACGAGCAGCUGGAGCCAAUCUUGGGCCCGGGAGGGCUCUGCUCCCAGAAUGCACCUUGUAUCAACACGGCGGCUGUGGCGGCUUCCAGGAGGGUCCCGGGCGCCUCGCGGACUGGCACAGAGCCCGAGGGCCAUCAGGCGGGGCCGGGUGUGGAGGGGCGGCUGCAGCCAUGGCGGAGUCGGCGCCUGCUCGGCACAGGAGAAAACGACGUCCCACAUCUUUAACCUCUUCCACGCUGCCUUCACAAGCCACAGAGAAAAGCUCAUAUUUUCAGACCACUGAGAUCUCACUCUGGACAGUGGUGGCCGCCAUUCAGGCCGUGGAGAAGAAGAUGGAGUCUCAGGCUGCCCGACUGCAGACUUUGGAGGGGCGCACGGGGACAGCCGAGAAGAAGCUGGCCGACUGCGAGAAGACGGCCAUGGAGUUCGGGAACCAGCUGGAGGGCAAGUGGGCCGUGCUGGGGACCCUGCUGCAGGAGUACGGGCUGCUGCAGAGGCGGCUGGAGAACGUGGAGAACCUGCUGCGCAACAGGAACUUCUGGGUCCUGCGGCUGCCCCCGGGCAGCAAGGGGGAGGCCCCCAAGGUGUCCAGGUCACUGGAGAACGACGGCGUCUGUUUCUCUGAGCAGGAGUGGGAGAAUCUGGAGGACUGGCAGAAGGAGCUCUACAGAAACGUGAUGGAGAGCAACUAUGAGACGCUGGUCUCUCUGAAGGUCCUUGGCCAGCCAGAGGGAGAAGCAGAGUUGAGUACAGAGAUGCUGGGCGACCUAGAGGAGGAAGGCCCUGUUGGUGCCCACCCAGCAGAUGGGGUUGUGAUCAAACAGGACCUACAGUACAAGCCAGAAGGCUCUUCACAUCUUCCUGGAGAGUUCUCAGUCAUGACUGAAGAGCAGGCUUUCCUGACGCCAGAGCACACUGAGCUCUGGGAUGGUCAGGGCAGUUCUGUCCUCGUGGAAACAGGUCCUGGGGGUUCUAACCUAGAGGAGCCCAUUGAGGGCAGUAGAGACCUUAGCAGUGGCAGAAUUAUGGACCUCCCAAAGCAGAAAUCUCAUAGGCAGACACAGCUGAGUCAGGAACAUGGGCAGGGCCUGAAGCUGAAAAGGGACACUUCCGGCCCCUAUGAGUGUUCUGAAUGUGAGAUCAGCUUCCGCUAUAAGCAACAGCUGGCCACACAUCUGCGGAGCCACUCAGGGUGGGAGUCUUUUACACCCGAAGAGCCAGAGGAGAGCCUUAGGCCCAGGCCACAGCUUAAGCCCCAGGCCAAGAGGGCCAAGCUGCACCAGUGUGACGUGUGCCUGCGGAGCUUCAGCUGCAAGGGGAGCCUGGUGACCCACCAGCGCUGCCACCGGCAGGAGGGGCCCGGUGACGGCCAACGCAUGCAGGAGAGGUUCUCGCCCAACAGCCUGGUUGCUUUGCCGGGCCACAUCCCUUGGAGGAAGAGCCGGAGUUCCCUCAUCUGUGGUUACUGUGGCAAGAGCUUCAGCCACCCGUCGGACCUGGUGCGGCACCAGCGCAUCCACACGGGCGAGCGGCCCUACAGCUGCACUGAGUGUGAGAAGAGCUUUGUCCAGAAGCAGCACCUCCUGCAGCACCAGAAGAUCCACCAGCGGGAGCGGGGCGGGCUGGCCCUGGAGCCUGGAAGGCCCAAUGGCCUGCUUUAAGAGUGCCAGCCCCUCGCCCGUCUGGGGGGCGGAGGGGGGUGGCAUUCGUCCCCCCGAAGAGACACUGUGCAGAGUCAGGGACUGACUUCUUCCUGAGGGAAGUUGCUUCUGAUUUGCCUUGCCUUGACCAGGUACCUAGCCAAGCCCAAAGGCUGUCCUGAAAAUCACGUGGAAGAGGAAGAGUCUGGGACCAGGUCUUUACCCUGCUGCUGAGUUUGCUAUCUCUCAUUUGCCCAUCUGUGCUGAUACUCUUGGGCUGGGGUCGGAGAUCUGACCCCGCAGGGUCUGGUGGCUGGUUCCAGGACUCGCCCUAGCAUUUCACGUCUUCCUUGAAGGGUUGAGUCAGGCCAUGGGAGGUAAGCAGGUGUGUGGAAGAGUUCUGAGAAGCAUAACCUUCUAUUUCUUCUUUUGUAGUCUCUGUUAAUAACAAGUAGAAGAAAUAAUUUAAAUGAACUGCUUAUUCUGCUCUGAUGAACCUUGUUUUGGAAUUAGAUUUUAGUUGAUUUUUAAAGAAUAAAUCCCAACACUUGUUUUUUAAAUUUCAAGAGUUGUAGAAGUUGUUCCUAACAUGGGGACUGGGCCUACCCUCUAGGAGGGAAUAGUAAGUAUAUGGGGCUCUUUUAGCCCACCCGCACUUAGGCCAGAGAGCAAGGUUCAUACAGGGCUCCCUCUUGUGGGAGUGCUUGGUGCUCUUAAAUGGGCUAAUUGUGUCAAAAGGACCAAGAGGAAGUGAGUGGCAGGGCAGACCUCAUCCCUGCUGAGAAUAAGGAUUCUGGUAAAGGAGCUGAGUCUGGCUCUGGGAGCUUGGGUGUCUCAGCAUACCCCUCUCUUCCUCUUCCCACCCACUUUUUGCUGCGGUGCUGCAGCCUCCUGGAGUAGAAAUAAUUACAGGGUGUCCCAGAAGUCUCCAUACAUAGGGAAAAUGGAAAAUUGUAGCUAAAUGUACCUUUAUUUAGAAAAUGUUCAUGACAGAAUUUUUCCUUUGUGUGGAGACUUUUGGGACACCCUGUAUUUUGUUACUUAAGGUCGUUCAGCUUGUACCAGUGGUUAUUUGAGUUUGUUCCUAUUACAACAGUCCUUACUUGAGGUUGUUCAGAUUACAUUUUCCAAAUUCAUUCUGGGAUUGUCUAUUCUAGGGAUGACAGAAAAAGCAUACAGAUGCUUCUCUCCCAGCAGUGUUGAAUGCCUGCCCCACUGUUGUUUGGGGAGAUGGGAUCGGGCUCCUGGGUCAUGUGAAUAUCCCCUUGGAUGAUUUGCAGUUGCCUAGAAUAAAACUUGCUACUAGCAGAAAAGGUU